GGUGUGCACAACACAUACGGAUUUAGUCGGCUACUUACUCGGUCUUCCUGUCUCUCGACUUGCCUCGAAACCUUGACAACCCUAAGGGCGCCCUAAAGGGCCCUUUAAACCGUCUGGUUCAUCCAAAGUGCGUCUAUAUCGCGUAUAUACUGGGUCUAUACCGACGAGGUCUCCAAGCGCGACACAUCAAAAGAAAUAAAAAAUAAAAAUUCAGGAAGCAUCACCCCGAAAUUCUUGACACGAUAAAUAAAGGACGUGAGCAAAAAGUGAGCCGCAUGGAAAAAUCGCGCAGACCAGACGCACCUUGGAUUUAUCAACGUUUACACAGGGACAUCAUGCGACAUGCUCAUGCAGAGGUUCUCCAGGAUCUUUAAUCCUGCUACACGUGGUUAUUUAGAGCCUCUACCUAUAUCUCUACCGCUCGAGACUACUUAUUUAAUGAGUGCAACAUCGGGCAAUGAUCUACUGAUUUUUUUUUUUUUUUUACGGAAAGGCGAGGGAGGAAGGCAACCAUCGACCCCUUAAGUAUCUCCGCGCUUCCCCGAUGAAGUGCAUUAAUUAAAUCCCUGGAGCACGAAUGUAGCCGCAAAAGUGACAAUUGAGCGCACCGAGAGUACAUUAAUUUGGUUACCCGUCUGACGUUAAAUUUUCAAGUUUAAAGGCCUCUAAAUGUAAAGAAAGUCGGAUCAAUCGUUUCUUCUCCGAUGCGAUGUUCGGGGUCUGCGAGAAGUGCGGCGAGGGAAGAGAUGGCUCGAUUACCGAGGUCAUGCAUCAAUUACCGGCACUUAGGAAAAAGGCCCCGGCCUGGUCGGGGGUCGCGGUGCUCGAUAAGGAAUUUCGCAACAUAUCCUCGAAGGACUACGAGGGGAAGUACCUAGUUUUACUUUUCUAUCCGUUCGACUUCACCUUCGUGUGCCCGGUGGAGCUGAUCCAGUUCGGAGAUCGCAUCGAGGAGUUUCGAUCUUCAGGUACCGAGUCAUUACUCUUGGUAUCCUUCCCCCUUACUUUUUCACAUUUAAUUUCAAGUCGUUCACCGUGAAGCUGCGGACAUUACCGUCUCUUUAAUCUCUAAGCGGUAAAAUCAUAUUGAACGGCGCAAUGGAUAAAAAUGAGAUCCUCCUCCCAGGGACGGAGAUCGUCGCGGUGUCGACGGAUUCCGAAUUCUCCCAUUUUGCCUGGGCCACGACCCCCCGCAAACAAGGCGGCCUGGGCGACAUAAAGAUCCCCUUGUUAUCGGACAAGAGUCACAGGAUAUCCAGGGCCUAUGGGGUCCUGGACGAGGAGAAAGGGGUGCCCUUCAAGGGCCUCUUCAUCGCGGACUGCAAGCAGGUUCUGCGCCACAUGGCCGUACACGACGUAUCGAUUCCUCGAUCCGUCGACGAGGUCCUCCGACUUGUAAACGCGUGUCAAUACGUCGACAAAUACGGGGACGUGUGUCCCGCGGGACUCUCGAAGAACGCGGAAAAACGGCCGCAAACCGAGUCGAAAUGCGGAGCCCCGGGGAAAAUCUCGGAAUACUUCGCUGUAUGUUAAACGGCCUUGUUAAAAACUAGGGAAAACAAAAAAAAAUGAAAGAAACUAAACUUAUCACCGAAUACCCUGAAGAGUCGAAUUAACGAGUACUGGUGCCUCCUUUUCAUAUUUUCAUAUUUAAUUCUUUACCCUCGGGUGGAUUUUCUUUAAGGGGUCGAUGAGGUGCCCUUUUUCUUCCCGGUACAUCGGGGACGGUUUUCUAGAGACUACACAAUUUUUCUGAACGCUUGGUUUCGUUCUAUUUUUUUUUUCUUUCUUUCUAAUUUUC